AUGAGAUGGAAAGCACCCAAAGGCAAUGGAGGAAAACAGGUGAUUCACUUCAUCAUCAAGAGGAGGAUGCUGAAGAAAAAAUCGUAGAUCAAAGUAUGGGUGGUGGAGAGCAACUACACAUUUGCUACAGAGGAGGUAGAGGAAGGGAAAGCCUACUAAUUCAGAAUACAUGCCAUCAACUCCAAGGGCCUCAUCAAGCCCCUGGAAACAGAAGAAAUGUUUGCUGGAGAACCUGUUAAGCCUCUGAGACAGGUGUCUCAGCCUCAAGCUGUAGGUGUCAGGCAAGAAGAUGUCACCAUCACCUGGAACUUCCCAGCCCAGGAUGGAGGCUCCCCAGUGCAAGGUUAUGUCACAGACAAAAGGAAGAAAGGCAGCGAUCUUUAGUGUCCUAUCACCAAGGAGCCAGUUCGAGGUACCAGAUUCAAAGUGGAUGGUUUUCUGGAGGAUACAGAUGAGUUCUGUGUGAUAGCUGUGAACCGUGCAGGCCCUGGAUUUCUUAGCAUGCCCUCAACCUCUGUUGCAAAGGAUCCCAUCAAGCCUCCAGAACUGCUGAAGGUGGUGGAUUUUUCCAACUCCAGCAUUUGCUUAGCCUGGCAGGAGCCAGACCAGGGAGAUGUGCUGUCAGGAUAGAUACUAGAGAUGUGAGCUGAGGACACCAAGAAAUGGACAAAAUGCACCAAGAUCCCUAUCUCUAGUACCACUUACGCUGUGGGCAGCUUGCAGGACAGCAAAUACUACUUCUGAACCCAAGCUGUGAAUGAAGCUGGUGUGGGAGACACAUCAGAGUUACAGGAAAGAAUUCUAGCAAUGCCACCUCCCCUCUGCCAUAAGUUUGAUCUGACUGUGAGGCUGAAGAGCCACAUGGUGGUUUGUGCUGGGACAGCACCAUGCAUUCAUACGUCUUUCCCUAAUCGUGUGAAAUUGGUGUCCACAGCAGCUGGUCUCUUCCCAGCUGGAAAGAGCCUUCAGGAAAAUGGUCUUAUUCAAGUAAUACGGAUUAAAAGGAAGAAUGCAGAGGAGGAGAGAGAUUUUGAAGAUUAA